AUGAAACGCCCUCCAAAACUUCGACCCAGCUCGGCGGGACACCUGUCGACGUCGUCUUCUAAUUCCAUGCUCUCGCGAGUCCCGUUGCUGCAUGUAAACGAAAUCAGUCUGGCUGCGUGGGAUGUGGGAGAUCAGAUCCCCGGCUUGCGCAUUCCGCUUGCGUUCCUAUCAUCCCUACGGACAAACCUGCAGAUAUCCUCUGCAAAUGAGGACCUCCUCCCACCCUCACCACUCCUCCCCCUUUCCUAUAUGCCAGACCCUCUCAACCACUCCCCUCACCUAUCCCCCGGGUCGAACAAGCCCUCCCUUUCCCGCUCAACUCUCCACCCAACCCCGCAUCCCCGGCAAAACAUCGUCCCAUCAACCCACACAUGCACAAACGCACACCCAAAGACAUCCAACAAUACCAACACCCAUUCAUCCCCCAACCCCCCUACCACCACAACGCAGCUCCCCUUGAUAACCUCCUCCGCAACAACCGAAGCCGAAAUCCUCACCGCCCUCCGCCUCGUCGCCGACACCGUCGCCGAACAGCGCCAACUGGCCGCAAAAUGCAUCCUCGCGCACCCCGCCAUCCUCGGACCCUCCACCAUGCUCUUCCUCACCAUCGCCAAGCUCCUCCACACCGGGUCGCCCAGCGAUCUUGUCCUCACGCUCGCACUCUGGUCGCUUUGCAGCCUCCUCGCCCUGCUCGCCAUCCGCUCCAUGGUCCGCGGCUACGCCACCAUCGCCGAGCACGUGGGCAGCUGGGCCUGGCUCGCCGCGGAUUCCGUGAAUGGCACCUCGCAGCGCCGCGACGAGGUUCUCGUGGCGAGGUGCGCGGGCGAGAUUGUUGGCGUGCUUGUGCUGAGGAUCGCGAAGACGAAGGCGACGACGACUGCCGCUGUGGCGCGCCCUGGUGGUGCUGCGAAUGGCGCUGGCGUCGGCAUCGGAUUGAUGACGGGGACGGGGGCAGGGACAGGGCCGUUGAAGCCGCGGUCGUCGAGGCGGAAGAGCUCGGCGAGGUGGACAGGGAUUAUCCGUGCGUGGAGCGUGAAACAGUCCCAUCGCCGUUGCGGGGUGGGGACGAGGCUGCUCGAGGAGGCUGUGGGGUAUUGCCGGUUGAGGAAUCUGGACGACCCGCUCUUCGCGGAUGACCAUGCCAAUGCGACACAGGUGUUGCCUGGGAUGUUUCAUGGGAGUUUCUUGGUGCAUGAUCGGUGGGCGCGUGGGUUUUUGGAACAGUUGAUUAUUCUGAUACAGAAGGGGAGGUGA